CCCGGGCCCGCCCGGCGGCGGCGGCGGGGGCGGCGGGGACGGCGGCGGCAUGCGGCUCCUGUUCCUGGCCGUGCUGCGGCGGCACACGGGCAACGCCGUCACUGCCGAGCGCGUCCGGGAGCAUCUAGAAGCCGCAGGCCACAUAUGUCUUCUGAAAGAUACCUCUGACCUGGAGAGCUCGUCUGAAGUUGCCCACUUCAUCAAGGCAGAGAACCUCGAGGCGGCAUUGGCUCUUCACCUGUACCGAGGAGGCCGACUUUUGCAAGGUCAUGGAAUUCCUUUUGGAAUCAUCUUUGGUGGAACUGAUUUAAAUGAAGACAUUAACCAGAGAGAAAAAAACCAAGUGAUGGGGAAAGUCCUCGAGGAAGCCAGAUUCGCUGUCGCUUUCACAGAAUCAAUGAAGGAGAUGGCGCAAAUGCAGUGGCCGCAUGCCAGGGAUAAGAUCUAUGUCCAGAGUCAAGGAAUUGUGACAGUACCAAACGCCGCCUUUAACUGGAACACCUUCCUUCACUGUUCAGGAAUUAGCCAAAGUGCUGAUAAUUUACACAUCUUUCUCCUGGUGUGUGGACUUAGACAAGUUAAGGACCCUCUUUAUUUGGUGGAUGCAUUCUCAGAAUGGCAUCAAGAAGAGCCUAACGUUUACAUGGUGAUUGUAGGUCCUGAAGUCGACCCAGUGUUUACAAGGGAAGUAAAAGCCAAAGUAAAGAGGACCCCUGGGGUGAGGCUGCUCCGGGAGAUGCCUCAGGAAGACCUCCACGCGGCGCUCAAGAACUCCUUUGCGGUGCUCAAUAGCUCUGUCUCCGAGGGCAUGUCUGCGGCAAUUCUGGAGGCGAUGGAUCUGGAAGUCCCAGUGCUGGCCAGGAACAUCCCCGGGAACGCGGCCGUGGUGAAGCAUGAGGUCACGGGGCUGUUGUUCUCAGACCCUCAGGAGUUUGUUCAGCUGGCAAAGAGACUGGUUAGUGAUCCUGCAUUAGAAAAAGAGAUUGUGGCCAACGGAAAGGAAUACGUGAGAAUGUAUCACUCAUGGCAGGUGGAAAGAGACACUUACCAGAACCUCAUCCAUACCCUCGAGGGGAGCACCGAGGAGUAAGGGUGCUGUCACAUGCCUGCCCUCGGCCCCAGCCCAGUGCCCAGCCCUGAGGGAGUACCCAGAGCCGGGGCUCUGGGCCAACAGGUUCAGCUCUGUAUGAAUCAAGCCAGUUUAAAUGAAUCACCGAUAAGCAACAUCAGUUGUAAGGCAGGACCUCAUCCAGAAUCCAUCUGGGCUUCCAGAUAACAUCCUGGAUGUGUCUACCUGGUCAGUCCUGGUGGAGAUGAGGAUGCUCAUGGGCACACGGGGCCGGGAGGGGAGCCCUGGAGAGAGUGGCCUUAGCUGCUGUAGGACUCUUGGACCAGCCACCCCCGUACAGACACUUCCCACCUGUCUUCUGAUGACCUAUGACUCAGUGUUCCACAAGCAGAAACUAAACUCAGACAUGUCCACAGAAUAAAACGUGUCGCUGUCAGUCCACAGA